AAAUGGACAACAGCUCGACGACUUGUCCGUUUGACACACAGGGCUACAGUUCAACAUUUAAGCGGAAACGGACAGUGGAAGAUUUCAACAAGUUCUGCACUUUUGUGCUCGCAUAUGCCGGUUAUAUUCCUUAUCCACAGGAGAAAGUGCUGUCAGAGUUGCAGGGUGAAGUGGCCUUGCUUUCCUCAAGAUCGCUCAACGAUCUGACACUUCGACCUCCAGAGGUUCCUAUCCUUGGCAGUGGUGUAGCACUGGGUGUUCCAUGGGAUUUUUUCUUUUUUUUUCUUUUUUGGUGGCACACCUCUUAUGAGCUGCUUUGCUGCUGAUGCUCUUGUUUGAUUCACAGAAAUGGUGGUGGCUCUUAUGUCAUGGCCGCUGAGAGACAGCCCCCCUCCAAAAAAACCUCAGCCCUCCCUCCCAGGGAGGCGCACAUGAGGAACAGCUCUAGUCCUCCCAACAGCACCGGGAGCACUGCAGACAGCGACGGAUGGGAGAACCAGAGGCUGGGCUGCGGCCUCUCGUCUCCGGAUGAGCCCCCACCCAAAAACCGCAAGAGCUUUGCUGGAUUCAAGAGACCAGUGAGCGAGGAUUCCAAGCCUCAGAAGCGUCCGAAAUCAGCAGGUCUUCUUCUGGAGGGUCGAACAAAGGGAGAUAAAGUGAAAAAGAAAAAGAAGAAGCUGAGGAAAAGCAAGGAUGAGGAAUUGAGAUCUUUCGCCCCAUUUUCUCCUCCCUGUGCUGAAGGUGAGAUUUCUAAUUAUGGAUUUACUAUCAAAGAAGAACCGGAAGAUUACCUCAGCAUCCCUGUACCCACUGACGGCAUGGGUAGCAAACAACCUAUGAGCACUGGCACAAGUUCAAAACCUGCCUUGAGUUCACCGGGUACUGCAAUGUGCAAAGAGGAGUCGGAUGUUGGCCGUCCUUGCUGGAACGGUUCUAAAAGUUCAAGACCAAAGUCAGAGGAUGUCGAGAAACCCUUAAAACCUGAAGAAGAGGCAGUAGUCUUGAAGGUGGAAGGUUUUUCUGGUAAAAGGACUGUGGUCCGUCAGGGGAAACAGGUGGUGUUUAGAGAUGAGGAUGGAUCGGGGGAUGAUGAGGACAUCAUGGUGGAUUCAGAUGAUGACUCCUGGGACCUAGUGACAUGUUUCUGCAUGAAGCCGUUUGCCGGGAGGGCGAUGAUCGAAUGCAACCAGUGCAACACCUGGAUCCACCUCUCAUGUGCCAAAAUCCGCAAGUCCAACGUCCCCGAGACGUACAUCUGCCAGAGGUGCAAAGACUCAAAGUUUGACAUUCGCCGCUCCAAUCGCUCACGAGUGGGCUCUCGAAAACACCUCCUCGACUGAUGCCGCUCUUCUCGUUCUGCCCAUCCACAUGUACAGAAACUCGUAAAAUUGUCUUCUUGAAGACAAGACUCAUUGAGUUCAGAGGAAGGGCUCAGUGACCUGCUUGCAUCACAUUUUUUGUUCGUGUUUUUAAUAUUUCUCACUUUCCUAAAUGUUUGCGUCAGGCAAUCAAUACUAGGAUGAUGCAUUAACUGGAGCAGAUUUCUGCGGGACAGACGGACGGUUGGAGUUGUGAUGGCACGCAGCUAAAGGUUAUACACAAUCAGAGUUGUGCUAGAAAAAAGGGACUGGGGUGUCGGAUUGCACUUUUUUAAGAACAAAGGGGUAGCUAGAGACUCCCUUUUGUACACAAAAGUAUGCCUAUUUGUCAAAGUAUGUAUAUUAUGUGAAAUAACCAUAAGAUAUUAGUGUUCAAGGUGUUUAGACUCAUCAUUUUGUGUGGAUCUUUUCAGAGACCCCCAAAUGUGUAUGAGCGAAAGAGUUCUGAUUGUUGGAUAAUGUUGAACAAAGUUUUCAUCAGCAAUCACUGAUGAUUUCGAGUGAAAUAUCAGAAAUGGUUUUUGCUACAUUGUGGUAUUUCUUUUUUUUUUUUUGCUAACAAAUUGGUGAUAACUAGAGACUAUAUGUGUCAUUUCUUUUUCUUGAUUUAGGAAUUCUGAUAAUUUCUGCAUUUUCUGUUCUUCAUUGAACAAGAAACUUUUUGUUUGCAUGUUGUAAUGUUUUAAUGAUAUUUUUGUCAUGCCUAUCCCCAAAGUAGAUGUUUAAUAUUUUAAUUAUGUAAAUUAUGUGAUAGUUGUUACAGGUUAGGGAAGGGAUGGACAACCUUACUGGGUGAAUCUCAGAAUCUCACAAAAAACAUAUCCAGGUCACAUUUCACCCCAACAUUCAUAAAUUAUUUAGUUAAUAUAGUAUAAUUAAAAAAAUAUAUAUAACUAGCUCGCUCUCUCCAUUCUCAGUGGUGGUUAUAUUUAUAUUGUCAUUAAUGUAAGAACGAAGUUAGCAUUUUCUGUUUUGUCAUGAAAAUAGUAACAAUGCAAAUUUUGUGGUAAAAUAUUUCUUGGCCAUGUUCUUGUCAGGUUUUUUGAGAUUCACUGUACUGCCAAAGGGGAACUUUUUUUUUUUUUUCUGCAUAUGCUGAAAUGCCAUGGCUUACUUAGUUGUAGUCAUAUUUGCAUUCAAAACACUGUACUAGUAUUAUUUGGUCUUCAAAACUUGUUGGCGGAGCCUGUAUUCAGAGGAAUCAUUCAUAAGGGUGUAGUUCUUGUUAACCCCUGUGACCAGUUUAACAUUGUUAAUAAUCGAUGAAUCUGGUUUUCAUGUUCAUAGGCAUGGUCAGAAAAAAAAAUGUGUGAUUGUGUCCUAUCAGCUGGUCCAUUUCAAUCACAAAAAGCAUUAGUUUGUUUCUUGGUGACAUUUUGUACAGUAUUUUUUUUUUAUGUGAGUUUGUUUUCAUCUUCAGAAUGUACUGUUCUGAUAGAUGAGAUAAACACUGCAGGGAAGAUAAAUAAUUUGGAACCUUAAAUAUGACUAUUCAGUAUAUGUUAGCUAUUAAUAGUCUGCAUGCCUGACCAUAAAACUUUUAACAUUUUUAGAUUAAGCCAUAAAAGUUUGGUCCAUAUAUCAAAAGGAUUCCCUUUAGUCUUUGAUGUUUUUUUUUUCUUUCAUAUAAAAAUAAGACCAGUAUGUUGAUAGUUCAUGAAAAUAACUGAUAAUUUCUAAAAUGAUCCUAGUCUUAUUGUCUGAUGAGUCAAUGGACAGUCUCCACAGUGUGCACAUCAAAACUGGAUAUCCUUAAACUCUUACUUUGGAAACAUUUUGUCUUCCUCUCAAAGGACAUUUAGGGAAGAUGCCAUUUGUAGGCCUUUAUUGAGCAAGCUAGUGUUUCAUUGUUUUGUGGAAAAAAGUGUCACUUGUAAAUUGAAUUGCUUAUGUUGAUGCUUUCUUUUUAAAACCAUUUAUCAAGGGAUCAUGGAGGGUGGUUCUGUACAUUUUUGUUACGCUGAGUCCAAUGAAAAGAAAGAGUGAUGUUUCUGUGAAACUUGUAAACCGUUGUUAAUAAAGAGAUGAUUUUAAUGACAA